UGGUGCUAAAAUACAAAAUGUCAUCAUUUGUUUACUUACAUUUCAUGUUUUCUAUUUAAAGAUCUCCCAUUCAUAAAUCGUAAUAGAAAAGAAAACGCUCAGUGGAAACUCAAUUCGCGGUUUUAAAUGUGAAGACGAAAUCCAGUGAAUGCAAUAAUAUGAAUGGAAGCCAUACGAGCUAUACAAAUUUAACCAAAAACGAAAGUCUUGCCAAAUACGUACGCCAUGUAACACAAAUAAGAAAACAAGCAAAUGCCAAUUCGGUGACGGGCGUUGAGUUUGAUGAUUUUUUGUUUAUUCGAUAUUUGAAUAGUGAAACGGAACGGAAUACUCUGUACAGUACAAAAGCGAAACAAUUUCUGCGCCUUUUGGUGCGGAAACGACGAAAAUUCCUAUCCUACGUAUGCAUCGUGAGCACCAUAUUCUGUCUAGUCGUCUAUCGCAAUGAGACAUCGAAUUUAUUUAUGAAAAACAUACAAAAUUACAUUUAUCCGUUGAUGAGUGUAUGGAGAUUACUGACACUGCCGAUUAUUAAAGUGUUCCCCGGAUUAACUGAACUGUACGAUGAGUCUUGUUUGGUAUCGAAUCCAUUCUUUCAAGUCAAGGACCUAGACUGUCGUCCCUGUGCUGGAGUGAUAAACGUUUUGGAUCUGAGCACCGUUCCUCACAAUACGGAGAAUGUGCCCCACAUUUUCAAGACAAAUCAGUCAACUGUUGACAUCAAAACACUCAACGACAUUUACAUGAACCACUUGGACGUGUUUGUAAACGACGCCAAUCGAGUCCAAUCGACCAAUCGAAACAUCAAAACACUCAAAGAUCUGUUCACCGACUUUCUGAACGAUACUCAUCAACUCGAAAGCCACACACUGUGGCGCUGCAAUCGCAUGAAUCCCGCUCAAAUUUUACGCCAAAUAAUUCCAAAACCGAAACGUCUUCCGACUUCUGGUAUGAGCAUCGAAAGAUAUCUGGCAAUCGACACGGCCUCGGCACCGCCAUAUCGUAUACCGGACGUGGAUUGUUCUGCGAUAUUUAUAAUCCAAUUGAAGGGUACCAGAACAAUUCUGCUGAGACCGACAGCCGAGUGCAAGCAAAAGUGUCGGACAAUAUCCGUUCGACUGCCACAGUCAUAUGUUUUAAACUAUAACUGGUGGUACUGGAAACCAAUCUCAUUGCCAGACCAUAUCACCAAACAGCCAUCAAUAAGCUAUAUCGGCGCUUUCUGCUAGUCAACCAGUAAAAUAUUCUCAAUUUACAAAAUGUAUUUUUUUUGUUUGUUUGUUUGUUUUAAUCAUCAAAAUGCCAAUUAAUUUUAAUUUUUCCAAAAUACGUGUGCCUAAAUUACGGAGCCAAAUUAUUAGUUAUUAGCGCUUGGAUGUAAUUAAUUUAAUUAAUUAAUUUAGAAAGUUUUUUUAAGAAAUUUUUCAUUUAUUUUCUUCAAAUUUAAAUGUUUAAAACAUUUUUUUUCGCCUGUAAUCGUACUAAAAAAUCAGCAAUAUUAUUAAUAGUAAAAACAGGGUUAUUUGCACCCUCUAGCUCAAAGUGAAGAUUGAUUGAAACGCUUCACUUUGGCUUUUUGUUUGCAAGCGUGCUCACAUUUCGAUGCAGAGAACGUUUUUUUU